AUGCGCAUCGGCUCCGCCUCGCACCAAGCAGCGCGCUUUGGCUCUCCGAUCCGCGCUGCAGCCUCGCACCAGGCCGCGGCGGUCGUCGGCGCAGGUCCAGCGGGCCUGCUCACCGCCAUCAUGCUCGCGCAGCGCGGCUGGACGGACGUCUCCGUGUUUGAUGCGCGUGCGGCGCCGCCGCUGCCCGAGGAUCAGCUUUGGGGCGACGGCGAGCGCAGCUAUCAGCUGGGGCUCAACGGGCGAGGGCAGGCAGCGCUGCGCGAGUUUGGAGCGAUGGAGCGUGUCUCGCGCUUCUCCGCCACUGUCAACGGGCGGCUCAGUUUCGAUGCAGAGGGGAAGCCAGUGGAGAGCCGCCUGAAGCCGCCAGGGACGCCGGGCGCCGAGAAGACGUACGUGACGCGCGUGCUGCAGCGCGACCGGCUGCAGGCGUGCCUCCUGGCUGAGGUGAGGGAGAGGUACCCGCAGGUCGACGUCCAGUUUGGGGUCGGCUGCUCGGGCGUCGACCUGAGUGGCGAGCGGCCGCUUCUCGAGCUGUGCUCGCCGCCGGCGGCCGACGGCGUGGAGGACGAGGCGGAGGAAGAGUGCGAUCCGGACGGGCGGACGGAGGCGUUCGAUCUCGUCGUCGGCGCCGACGGCGUGCGCUCUGCUGUGCGCGAGUCGCUGUCGGCGGACGAGAGCACGAGCACGCGGACCGUGCGGUACGCCGACAAGAACGAGCGGCGGUACAAGACGCUUCCGUUGCACCCUUCGGCGGUGCCGGGCACCGCCGCCGACCUCAACUGGGGCUGCCGCAACGGGACUCUCGACCUGGGGAUGGACGCGCUGCCGACCAAGGAGGGCGAGAUGGUGGCCGUGCUGCUCGUCAAGCCGAGCUCGCCCGCCUACGGGGCGAUGGAGGGCCUGAGCAGCGGCGCGGAGGCGAGGGCCUUCCUCUCCUCUGCCCUGCCGCCCCUCGAGCCCUAUCUGCGGGACGACGACCUCGACCGCUUCGUCCAGCGGCCUGUCGCGAGGCUGCCCAAGUUCAUGCUCGUCGAGGGGCAGAUCCACGCGUCGCUGCCCAAGGGCGGCGUCGUGCUGCUCGGCGACGCAAUCAAGGCGGGCGCGAACUCGGCGCUCGAAGACGUGAGCGUGCUUGCAAAGUGCCUCGGCGAGUGCGGCGAUGACCCGGCGGCGGCGGCGGCCAGCUUUGACGAGGCGAGGGCCGAGCAGGCGCGAGCGCUCGUGCGCACCUCGCGCAGCUUCGACGGGAGAGGGCCGCUCGGCACCGCUCGCUUCCUCGUGCCCCUCCUCCUCGACAUCCAGCUCAACAAGCUCCUGCCGCGCGUCUUCUCGCCACCGAUGCUGCGAGGCCUGCAAGACGAGCGAAACACUUUCGUCGGCCUCCGGCGGACAAAACGGCGCGAGCGCGCGGUCCUCCUCGGCCUGCUCGCAGGCAUGGCGGCGGCAGCACGCGCCGUGGGCGGGUUUGUGCUGCGCCGUUCUGCGGGAGUCUGA